ACCGGGUGGACAAGCAAUCAAGCAACACAUUCAUUUGCGUAGCAGACAUCUACUCCUGUCUCGAUUCACCUCUUGCUACUCAGUUCUGACACGGAACCGAUCGAAAAAAACCCCACUGGCCAGCUUCCGAUAAGAAAUCCCCGAGCCACGCCAGUCCCCUAGGCCGUAGACCAGAGACCAGUAGACCACCAUGGCGAACCGCAGCAAGCUCGUUGCCAUCGCCCUGCCGCUCGUGGCAGCAGCAGCCUCGCUCGCCGUCGUGCUCCUCCUCCGCUCCACGUACUCACCGGAAGACGGGUACCUCGGGCGCGUGGGUACGCCGUGGGGCGGUACCGUCACGGUCCUCCCAUUCAGCCCCACGGACAUGCUGCCCCUCCUGCCGCGGGGCGUCGCCAUGGCCGCGCUCCGGGCGCUCCGCGGCGUCUCGGACAUCUUCCCGGUGUUCGUGGGCGCCGCGAAGGCCGGCGGGCCGGGCUCGGCGUCCAGCAGCGGGGGGAUGGUGAGCUGGAAGGGGGCCUGCUUCUACGAGAACGAGGCGUGGCUGGUGUUCCACAACGAGACCGGGUCCAAGUACGGCGGCGGCACACUCCAUCUCAAGACAUCCAAAGCACACAGCUGGACUUGCAUAGAUCUGUAUGUAUUUGCAACACCGUACAGAGUUACAUGGGAUUAUUACUUUUUGGGGCGAGAGCACACUCUUGAUUUCGAAGAAUGGGAAAGCGAGGCCGAGUAUGAAUAUGUGAAACGUAAUGGUGUGUCCAUUUUCCUCAUGCCAUCUGGAACAAUUGGGACACUUCGAGCACUUUGGGAGGUCUUCCCUCUGUUCACAAAUACUGCAUGGGGUGAGAAUGCGAAUCUUGCUUUUCUCAAGAAGCAUAUGGGUGCCACCUUUGAGGAACGACCGAAACCUUGGGUCUCAGAGUUAAAUCCUGAUGAUAUCCACUCUGGAGAUUUCUUGGUUUUAUCAAAGAUUCGUGGGCGCUGGGGUGGUUUUGAAACACUGGAGAAGUGGGUUACUGGUGCUUAUGCAGGCCAUACUGCGGUUUGCCUUAGGGACUCUGAUGGAAAGCUUUGGGUUGGGGAAUCUGGUAAUGAAAAUGAACAGGGAGAAGAUGUUAUUGCUAUCCUGCCCUGGGAGGAAUGGUGGGAGUUUGAAGUGACAAAGGAUGACUCAAAUCCUCAGAUUGCACUGCUUCCAUUGCAUCCAGAUUUGCGAGCAAAAUUUAAUGAGACAGCAGCUUGGAUUUAUGCAAAAAGCAUGGAUGGGAAGCCUUAUGGGUACCACAAUAUGAUAUUUAGCUGGAUUGAUACCAUCAGUGAUAAUUAUCCACCACCAUUAGAUGCUCAUGUGGUUGCUUCUGUUAUGACUGUAUGGACCAAGCUUCAACCAGAGUAUGCUGGUAAUAUGUGGGAAGAAGCCCUUAACAAACGGCUUGGAACUAAGGGUCUUCACCUUUCUGAAAUCAUAGUGGAAUCAGAGAAACGUGGGAUAACAUUUGACAAGUUACUAACUGUUCCUGAGAAUGAUAGUUGGGUCUAUGAAGAUGGCCAGUCAGCAUCUUGUAUAGCUUUCGUCCUUAUGAUGUACAAGGAGGCUGGACUCUUUGACCCUAUUACCAGCUCUGUUGAAGUUACCGAAUUCACAAUAAAAGAUGCUUACACCCUCAACUUUUUUGAGGACAACGCCACCCGACUUCCGGAAUGGUGCAACAAGGAUGACGACGUGAAGCUCCCCUUCUGCCAAAUCAAGGGCAGGUACCGGAUGGAGCUGCCUGGAUUCAACACCAUGGAACCCUAUGCCCACAUGAACGAAAGAUGUCCAUCCCUGCCUCCAGAUUACAAUAGGACUAAGGGUUGCUAGUGUUAACCACAGAUAUGCGGUGUGCUUUUUAUUCACGCUGCCUUAUAGCCAUUGCUUCAGCUGUACAUAAUACUAGUAUUAGUAUAAUAGUACUGUGGGUAUGUACUGCUUGUCCUUGAGACGCACGUAUGGAUUGUGGGUAACUUAUGUGAGACUUCCUCGAAUAAGGAAGACCAUAGUCACACAAAUGUACAGUAACCAUGCCUGUUCCCUUUACCCGAGUUUAUACUUGUGUAAGAGGGGAAAAAAGUAUGUGCAUCUUUGAAGUUUGGACUGAAAGCUGAUUACAUGAUCUCCCUGCUUCCUC